CUGUGAAAAUCCAGCGCAUCAAUGUUCCGUUCAACACACUACAGCCACGGCCAUGGAAGAGUUGUGAAAAGAACUGGACCGACUGUCUGGAGUGUCAGCGGAGGAGGAGCUAAAAAUUGCAAAAUUUUUUGGAUGUCCCAGUACCCUGGAAGCCUUGGUCUCUUGGUUGGAACUGUUUACAUUACACUGCGAGAUGGGGUCAUUACGAUGUCUCAGAGUUACUAGUCAAUGCUUGUGCAGAACUCAUAAAUACUCAAACAAGAAGGUCAGUAAAGAAAAAAACUAUAAAUGGCCCCUCAGAGGUGAAAGGUACAACCGCAAUAAUGUUUGCUAGUCAGUUUGGGCAUGUGGAAGUUCUAAAAACCUAAUUAAAAUACAAGGCAUAUGUGACGCUGUGCAGUGAAGACGGAUGGAACUGUUUACACUUUGCUGCAAGAUAUGGUCGUUCUGAUGUGCUAAGGUUGAUUCUUGACGUUCGUGCCGACAUUGUCGAUAGUGGUUCAGUGCCGAGUUAUUCGUCUGAAAGGGUAACCAAAUCAGCGCUGAUGCUAGCUUGUCAAUAUGGACAUUCGGGAGUGGUGAGCAGUUUGUUGGAACAUAAAGCCAAUGUGAUGCUGUACAGUGAAGCAUGAUGGAAUUGUUUCCACUAUGCUGCAACAUGGGGUCAUUUUGAGGUGUCAAAGUUGAUAACUGAAGCUUGUGUAGAAAUCAUAAAUGAUGGAACAAUAAGGAGUAAAGGCACAGCCGAUUUAGAAUAUAUCAACUCAAAUAAAACACCAUUGAUGUUGGCUUGUCGGUACGGACAUGAACUAGUUGUAGAACUUUUGUUAGAACACAAGGCGAAUGUGAGGAUGAGGACUGAGUUGGGAUGGAAUAGUCUGCACUAUGCUGGAAGAUGGGGUCAUUUUGGGGUGUCGAGAUUGAUUAUUAAAGCGUGUGCAGAAAUAAUUAAUGAUCGUACAGAGAACGGCAAUCUGGGUGUGGUUAGAACAACAUUGAUGUUGGCUUGUCAGUAUGGAUAUGAGGAUGUUGUAAAGCUUCUACUGGAACACAAGGCUGAUGUGAUGAUUUUCAGUGACUAUGGAUGGAACUGUUUCCACUAUGCUGCAAGAUGGGGUCGUUUUGAGGUGUCAAAGUUGAUAAUUGAAUCUUGUGUAGUUAUCAUAAACAUAGGGACUCUCGGUGGUGAUAUUAUUAAUAAUAGUAGUAGCAGUAGUAGUACUCCUCAAAGAUCAACUCCUGUUGUGAAUGUCAAGAAUAAAACUGGACUUAUGCUGGCAUGUGAGAACGGACAUGAGCAAGUUGUAAGGCUUUUAUUAGCUCAUAAGGCCGAUGUGAUGGUAUACAGCGAAACUGGAUGGAAUUGUUUUCACUAUGCUGCGGAAAGUGGUCAUUCUGAGGUGUCAAGUUUGUUAAUUGAAGAAUUUCCACAGCUCAGAGACAGUACUAUCAGAGGUGCCGCCAACUGCCCACCGUAUGAUUCCGGCAAAACAGCAUUGAUGCUAGCUUCGCAAUUUGGGAAGGUGGAAGUGGUGAGGACUUUGUUCUCUCACAAAGCGGACGUAAUGCUUCGUAGUGAAGAAGGAUGCGAUGUUUUGCUAUAUGCUGCAAGAUCAGAUGAUUUAAAAGUGUUGGAGUUGAUUAUUGAAGCGGUUGUAAUAUCUGUUGUCGAUGCGAGUUCGCUAUGGUGGCAAAGGACAUUAAUUUGGGCAUCAGAAAUAGGUCACCUGAGUGUUGUAGGCAUGCUGCUGAAAUACAAGAUAGAUGUGACGCUCCAAUUUGGAGAUGGGCACAACUGUCUUCAUCUCGCUGCCAAAAAUGGUCAUUUUGAGUUCUUGGAGGCGAUUCUUGCGAAGGAUACUGAAGGUUUCGUGAAUAGUACAACAAGCGCAGGUGAAACAGCAUUGAUGUUAGCAGCUCAGAAAGGAGACGUGGAAGUUGCAAAGAUUUUGCUAAAAUACAAGGCAAGUGUGCUCGGGUGCGAUGAAUAUGGUUGGAAUUGUCUACACUUUGCUGCGUCGAAGGGUAACGCAAAGUUGAUGCUCGAGAUUCUCAACCAUCCUGAUCUGGAGAAGCUAGUAGAUAGUAAAACAAAAGCAGGCCGUACUGCCUUGAUACUUGCUGCUGAGAAUGGAUAUGCAGAUGUUGUUAAGCUUCUUAUACAUAAGAACUGUAAUGAACUCCUUUGCGAUGAUGAAGGAUUCAGUUGCUUGCAUGUGGCUGCAAAGCAUGGUCAUCGUGAGGUCCUGAGUCACCUUCUUUCGGAAGAAGGUGAUGAAGAUUAUUGGGAUAAGGAAUGCUUGUGGGUAGGAGACAUAGAGAGUAAGGUUCGUAGGUUGGAUCCAAAAAAUCUCCUUCUUACGUCCAAACGUCUGAAACUUAUGGAGGUAAGAAGCUGCUUCGAGCAGCCUGUUGGCACUCCACAUGGCGGCUGGCAUUAGCCACCGUACUGCGAUAGUUGCGUUUUUUAAGAGAACGUAUUACACUUUAGCUCUUAGGUCUAGACGUUUCCUGCUGGAUCCUGUGACCACGUUCAUUUGUUACGAAGCCCAAUCAUUAUAUAUUUUCAACCUGAGAGUUGACAAUUUCUUUUAUGGGAGCGCUUUCUCUGCUACAAUAAUUCGUUGUUAAUUACUUCAUUCCAAUGGAUUACUUCAGAUCAACCCACGUUAGAACAGUUCAAAAUCG